CGGGUCUGCGGAACGUAUCGUCUCGCUUCAUCGUGAUUUUCCCACAUCACCCAACCCACUCGCACAUAGUCCAAAAAUGGUCACUACCGUCCCCUUUGUAGACAUUCAAGUCGCGGUUCCCGGUUUUGGCGCUAUGGGCAUGUCCCAAAGUUACGGCGCAGCCGAUGACGAAGAAUCUCUCAAGACCCUAGCCAAGGCUGUCGAACUAGGCUGCACUUUCUGGGAUUCUGCUGCAAUCUACGGGUCGGGGCAUAACGAGCGCUUGAUCGGAAGAUUCUUCAAGGAGAACGAGGGCGCAAGGGAGAAGGUCUUCAUCGCCUCCAAAUGCGGUAUCGAAUUUACCGCAGACGGACCUACUGGCCGAAUAGACAACUCUGCACAACAUAUCAAGUCGUACCUCCAGGCUUCCACCGAGAGACUGGGUACCGUUCCCGACUUGUACUACAUCCACCGCAUCGAACCGGGCCGAGACCUGACCGAGUCUAUUGGCGCGCUUGAUGAAGCGAGAAAGGCGGGCAAGUGCAGGUAUAUCGGCUUGAGUGAAUGCUCGGCCGAGACCUUGCGAAAGGCUUGUAGUAUUGCCAAGAUUGAUGCGCUCCAGAUCGAAUACUCGCCCUGGUUCACGGACCCAGAGCAGAACGGAUUGAUCGACACAGCCAAGGAGUUCGGAGUAAAGGUUAUCGCCUACUCCCCGCUCGGCAAAGGGGUCCUGACCGGCCAAUUCACCAAACCUAGCGAUUUCGCGGAGGGUGACAUCAGAAAGACCAUCCCUAGAUUCCAAGAGAAACAUAUGGAGAGCAACUUGAGGAUCGUGCGCGAGUUCGAGGUGUUGGCCAAGAAGAAAGGAUGCACGUCGGGACAGAUGGCGCUCGCCUGGGUCAUCUCGCAGGGCGCGAUCCCGAUCCCCGGGACAAGGUCGAGUACCAGGUUGGAAGAGAAUUUCGGCGCCACGGACGUUACGCUCGACGAGGAAGACUUGAAAGCUCUCAGGCAGUUGGUGGAAGAGGCGAAACCUCAGGGGGCCAGGUACAACGAGGCUCAGUUGAAACUCGUUGGCAGGUGAUUUAGGUGCCAAAGUUCAGAGUACCGAUCGCCGACAUGGUGCGUUACACCGAAACGCGGUUUGGAGCCUAUGUCAAGCAAUUGUAGUUCUUACGAAAGAUCUGUUGUAUUCAUCAAGUUAGUGAAUGGAUGUUGUUGCCGCUUCGAUAGAACGCCAACUAACCGUCACAGUUUCGAGAUUAGCAAGCGAGGUUUCGCAUUACUAUGACACAGGCCUCACAGUCGGUACAGUUCGUGUGUUGCUUUCCAUUCCUUCGCUUC